CCGAGACGAGAGCGGCGCCAGCCUGCUUUACCGACAUCGAUGGUGGCGGCGGUCAGCGCCGGCCACGGCAUCUCCAACUACUACUCUUCAAAGAUUGACGAGCUGGAGGUGGUGGUGCGCGAGAAGACGCAGAACCUGCGGCGGCUGGAGGCGCAGCGCAACGAGCUCAACUCCAAGGUGCGACUGCUGCGCGAGGAGCUGUCUCUGCUGCAGGAGCCGGGGUCGUACGUCGGCGAGGUCGUCAAGGUGAUGGGCCGGAAGAAGGUGCUGGUGAAGGUGCAUCCCGAGGGGAAGUACGUCGUCGACAUUGACAAGACGAUUGACAUCACAAAGCUGAAUGCCAACGACCGCGUCGCGCUGCGCAACGACUCGUACACGCUGCACCUGGUGCUGCCGUCCAAGGUGGACCCGCUCGUCUCGCUGAUGAAGCUCGAGAAGGUGCCCGACUCGACCUACGACAUGAUUGGCGGCUGCGACAAGCAGAUCAAGGAGAUCAAGGAGGUAAUGGAGCUCCCGAUCAAGCACCCGGAGCUUUUUGAGUCGCUUGGCAUCGCCCAGCCCAAGGGGGUGCUCAUGUACGGCCCUCCCGGGACCGGCAAGACGCUGCUCGCCCGCGCCGUCGCACACCACACCGACUGCACCUUCAUCCGCGUCUCCGGGUCGGAGCUGGUCCAAAAGUACAUCGGAGAGGGCUCGCGAAUGGUGCGCGAGCUCUUCGUCAUGGCGCGCGAGCACGCGCCCUCCAUCAUCUUCAUGGACGAGAUCGACUCCAUCGGCGGGCAGCGCCAGGACGGCGAGGGAGGGGGCGACUCGGAGGAGGUUGUGAUGGCGACGAACCGCAUCGACAUACUCGACUCGGCGCUGCUCCGGCCCGGCCGCAUCGACCGCAAGAUCGAGUUCCCCAACCCGAACGAGGACGCGCGGCUCGACAUCCUGCGCAUCCACUCGCGCCGUAUGAACCUCACCCGCGGUAUCGACCUGCGCAAGAUCGCCGCGCAGAUGAACGACGCCUCCGGCGCGGAGACCAAGUCGGUCUGCACCGAGGCGGGCAUGUUUGCGCUGCGCGAGCGGCGCGUGCACGUGACGCAGGACGACUUUGAGAUGGCGGUGGCCAAGGUGAUGAAGAAGGACAACGAGAAGAACAUGUCGCUCAAGAAGCUCUGGAAGUGACACCCAUGUAGUACUCGUGUAAACAUAAAUGCAGCGUUGUUCAGCGCUCUCUCAUUC